AUGAUCUCAUCUAGACGGCCUGUCAUUGUCGUCGUCUUUGUCUUUAUAUUCCUCGUCCUUUUCCAGACGCGUAUCUUUCUUGCGACUCCUAUUAAUGCCAAUGGCCCGCUUACAGGAGGCAUAUCUGGUAUACCAGCACCACCAAGCAACCUACCACCAGACAACCUAUCCAAAGUCGUUGUCAUAGCAAGUACAAAGGACGAAGACACAAGCUGGCUGGAGAAAGACGUUCCAGAUGUCAAGAGUGUGAUAUACAAAGUCGAUGACCCAACUGCAGAAUUUACAGUUCCCAUGAACAAGGGCCACGAGGGUAUGGUCUAUCUGACAUACCUGAUCGACAACUAUGACAAUCUACCGGAUGUCAUGGCAUUCAUGCAUGCACACAAGAUUGCAUGGCAUAACAAUGAUCUCUUCGCUUCCGACGCAGCUCAAAUGCUCCGUGCUCUCAGUGCACCACACGUAAAGCGUCAGGGUUACUUCAACAUGCGCUGUCAUUGGGAUCCAGGUUGUCCUGACUGGAUGCAUCCCUAUGACCCAUCGAAUCGUACAGACAUCUCGAAGCCCGAAGAACGCGAACUUGCACUAGCUUUCAAGCAAAUAUUCCCAAACAGAGACGUUCCUGAGACUAUAGCGACACCAUGCUGUGCACAGUUCGCUCUGUCCAAGGAGGCUGUCUUGAAGGUUCCCAUCGAGAGGCUCGAAGCUUACCGACAAUGGAUCAUCAAUACACCACUUCACGAUCUGGUGUCUGGGAGAGUUUGGGAAUAUCUCUGGCACUACAUAUUCACGGAAUACACUCCCGUAGUGUGUCAGGCCAUGGACAAAUGUUACUGUGACGGCUACGGCGUGUGCUUUGGUGGUGAUGAAGCAUAUAAGAAUUUCACCGAUCGUUGGAAUGAUAUGCGGCUGAUGCAGAUAUCUCUGAGCUCCUGGACCAAAGAGUUUGAAGAAUCGAAAGAUGAGAUGAGCAAACCGGCAAUCGGAGUAAAGGACCAGCUUGAAAGAAAGAUCAAGGAGGCCUCCAGAGUUGUAUGGGCACAAGUUGCCGAAGCGAAGACCAGAGGUCAAGACCCACAAGCCAGAGCUUUAGACUCCGGUCGGAAGUGGAAACCGGGAGAUGGCUACUGA